CCUCUCCUUUAUUAGAUUCUCCUCUUUUUCUGGGUAUUGUUUCUUGUGAUUGCUUGGAAUUCUAGGUUCUUUUGAUCUUCUUUUAGCACCUGCCACCUUAAUGAAGCUUCUUCCAUCCUAUUGUUUCAUAGUAGUCUUUUAUUCCGUUGUUGUUCUGAUUGCUGAUUUGUUGCCCCAAAAACAAAGUUUGUUGGUAGGUCUUUUAUACUUGCUUUUUCUCCCUGUAUUCGGUCAUUGGACAUUCCUUGCAUCACCUCAGAAUUUCGGUUGUAGCAUGCAGAUUCUUUAAUAAGAAUAAGAGAUUGUGAAUUAGUGCUACUCUCUAGCUCCUUAUUCUCACCUUCGCAGAUUCUUCUUCCUUUGGACUUCAUUGAGAGACUAGAAAGAUUGUUGAUGAAAUUUAUUGGAAUCGGUUGUUGUGACCUUGAAUGUCCACUUCGUUCUCCUGUACCUGUGUUUUGAUCCUUUUUAUCUCUCACUAUUGUUUCUCUUUUUCCUCCUUGGUCAGAUUUUAGCCAAUCACCCCAUUUUUCUUCUUUAACUUCUCCUCUAAUUGAAUCUUCAAUUUGGAUGGUGCAUCCUCGUGUUUCAUGGCCUAUGUAUCCACAAUAAUUGCAAAAGUUACCAAUUUUUUCGUACUUGAGUGAGACCUCCAGCACCUUUUUGUUGGGGUCGGCAAUCUUGAGUGUUCUCUUAAGUGGUUUUGUAAUGUUGAGACUUAUUUUGGACUUUUAUAAUGCAGUUCUCCCUGCCUUUCACAUAGAAGAAAUCAACAUUCAAGACGUUCCCAAUAGCACUCUCCAAUUUUCGUCCCAGUUUUUUUGUUUUGUAGUGCUCCGGUAAUUCCUAUAUUUGGAUCCAAAUUGGGACUUUUGAAAAUUUUGAAUCUUCUAUAACUUCAUCCUUCUUUUACCAUUUUAGAUUUAAUAUGUAAUUUUUAAGCAGUCAUGGUACUCAUCUUUCGAUUCUGACGACAUCUUUUUCUUCUUCAAAAAACAAUUGGAAAAGAUUUCUUCCUGUGUCCACAACUUUAAAUCCUUUUGGACGUCUCCAUAUUGCUUGAAUAGCAGGUUCAAUUGUGCCAAUGAAAAAGGCUGUCUGCCAAGAGUCUUCCUAUCAAGCUUUUUGAACACUUUUCCACCUCUACUUGUAUAUCCUUCUCAUCGAUUGUGAUUAUUGCGUCUUCCAUGUCAGUUUUGUCUUCUGUUGUAGCAGCAUUGGCUGCCAUCCUGAGACUUGAUCACUCACACUCACUCUCACUGGUUGAAACUUUAUUGCUCACGCACGCUGGCAGGUUAAGUUUUGAUUACUCACUCACAGGUUGAAUCUUGCUUGAUCACUCACACUCACUCUCACAAGUAAGAAUUAGGAUUACCCUACUAAACCCUAGCAGAGCACUUCUAAACCCUAUGGUCCCUAUGGUCACUUUUUUACAUUUUUAAACACGUCAAAUUUAACAUUAGUUUAUAUAUAUUUUUUAAUUAAUUUUUAAAUAAUAUAAUAUUUAUCCCACUGUAGUUUCAAUUAAUUUCUGUAAUUUUGACACCAUAAUCAACGGUAUUGUUUGUUCCACGCUUGAGAAAAUCGCAUUCAGGUCUUUCUUUUUCAACUUAUAAUUUUUUCUCUUUUUAUUUUAUUUUUUUAAUGUGUGAAUUUCGCUGUUUGAGCUUUAGUUCAGUUAAUUCUUAGUUGUAAUUCUUUUUGCUGUCAGAUCAUGUUAAUGUGCGUGAUGUUUUUUUUUUUUAAUUUUUUAUUCUCAAAUUCAUGUAAUGAAAGAUAAUGUAGAGGGUGGCUGACGGUGCUUGUGGUGGUGGGAAAGGGAGUGGAGGAGGGUGAGUGUGGGACUGUGGGAUGGGGCGGAGCAGGAGGAGGUGAAGAUGAGUGCAAGGAUAAUUUUGGUAUUUUAUAUUAAAACAAACCAUAUUAAGGGGGUUAAUAUAUAUUGAAAAACCAAGGAGGAAUUGGGUGUAGUUUAGGCAAAUCUGGAUUUGUAAGUAUAAUUUCUCAGAAAUAAAGAUUGGCUUAAGUCAACAAUGUGUAAAGACAAAAGUUAAUUCUUAGAGGACUUGCUAGUUUUGUGUCCAAGAUUUGGAACCAAUCUCCUGCAUGACACGGCUCAUGACUUGAUGCAUAUUGCAUGAUUUUAAUUUCCACACGGAAUGUGGAGUGUGGACCACUCCUUUCUGCAUCAUGUGUGGAAUUUGGGAGUGAGACUCAGCAAUGCAUGAGAGUCAGUCAACUCCUGUAAUGGAGCCUGAGCCUUACUUAACUGUUGUGUUUUGGCUAGUGAGUUCAUCACUAAGAAUCAUUCUCAUUUCAGAAUAGUUAAGACUCCACAAAAUCCUAUGGCAUCAACACCUGCUCUGUUAUUGCUAGUGUUGUUGAUGCUAUUUGCAAAUGAAACCACAGCUGAGACAAACCACACCCACCUCAUUCCUAUAGGAUCUACGAUCUCUCCUACAGGCAAAAAUACUUCAUGGUCUUCACGUUCUGGCCUCUUUGCUUUUGGCUUUUACCCUCACGGUAACAGCUAUGCUGUUGGAAUAUGGCUGCUUACUCAACCUAAACACACAAUUGUGUGGACUUAUCAUCCUUAUAGUCCAUCAAUGUCUUCAAAUUCCACAUUGAGAUUGACCAAAGAAGACGGGCUACUUCUUCUGCAAGAAAAUGAAGACCCAGAGUUUCUCAUUCCACUUUAUUUUUUACAUCAGGCUAAAGUAGAAGUGGCUUCAGCAUCUAUGCUUGAUUCUGGCAACUUUGUGCUUUAUGAUAAGAAUUUUAGUAUGUUAUGGAGUAGUUUCGGUGACCCAAGUGACACCAUAUUAGGUGGCCAGAAUUUAACAGGUGGAAUGGGCCUGGUCUCUAGUGUGUCACAAUCAGACCAUUCGAGUGGACAUUUUUUGCUAAGCAGGCAGCUUGAUGAACACCUAGCUGCUUGCCGUGUGAACAGCACAUGUGAACCGGAGGAUGCUUAUUGGGCUAAAAACACAUACUUUGAAGGUUAUGGUUAUCUACAGCUCAGUCUUAGCAUUGAAGGUUCGCUUUGCCUAAAAGAUUAUUCCUCUGGUUCUGAACUGGAGUGUUUAGCUAGUAGCAAGAACCUCACAGACAAGUCAAAGAAUGCAACUUUUAUCUACCGUGCUACACUUGAUGAAGAUGGGGACUUCAGACUGUAUGCUCACCAAUUCGAGGGAAAUACUAGCUCAGGUGUGCAAACGCUGUGGAAAGCCGUGGAGGGGGAUAAAUGUCAAGUCCCACUUUGUGGCUUGAACAGUUACUGCUUCAUCAAGAGCGACAAAGUCAUGUGUCAGUGUUAUCCCGGUUUCAUCCCUAUCAAGAGUGGUGGUAACGAUACCAGGUUUCUCGACUGCGAACAGAACCACAGCAAAGAUAAUUGUGAGAGCAUAGAGGACCCAACAAUGAUGUACAAUAUGACUUCCUUAAAGGAUAUCUACUGGGGUGGUUCUCCUUAUUUGGUUGUGCCAAUAGAGAUGGAAACUUGCAAGAAGUCUUGUCGGAAAGACUGUGAUUGCAGGGCGGUGUUAUAUAAGAGCGGCAUCUGCGAAAAAUAUAAGCUUCCACUUCUAUAUGGCAGAAGCUCUAAAGAUGCAUCAAUGACGGCCUUCGUGAAGAUGCCUUCAGGAAUUGUCCUAAGUCCUACUUCAAACCAAACUGCUCUAUCUCCAACAAAGCCCUGCGUCUUUGUUGAUGACAAGAGAAGUCUUAUAAUGAUUCUGUCCCUUACCCUGGGUUGGAUUUCGUUUUUUGGUUUGGUCUUUGUAUUGUAUAUUUUCAUCAUUUACAGGCAUCAAGUUCAUAGGUAUGCAAUAUUAUCUGCAAGUGAAAAUCUAGGAUUUGUAGAAGAAUGUUCCUUGCGUUCAUUUUCCUUUGAUGAACUUGUGAAAUCAACUGGAGGCUUUGCAGAGGAGAUAGGCAGAGGAUCUUUUGGAGCGGUUUAUAGAGGCACAAUUGGUGACAGUAACAGAAGGGUUGCUGUGAGGAGACUUGAGAAAUUUGUUGAUGAAGGGGAGAGGGAAUUCCAAGCAGAAAUCACAGCCAUUGCUCGAACUCAUCAUAGGAAUCUGGUGAAGCUCAUUGGUUUCUGCAUUGAUGGAUCCAGGAAGCUUCUUGUUUUUGAAUAUCUCAGCAAUGGGUCUCUUGCAGAUCUUCUCUUCAAGUCUCAUAUGACUAUGGCUUGGAAAGAGAGAUUAAAGAUUGCAUUAGACGUGGCUAGGGGAGUCUUGUAUCUGCAUGAGGAGUGUGAUGUUCGGAUUAUCCACUGCAACAUAAAGCCUCAGAAUAUACUCAUGGAUGAAGUGUGGACUGCAAAGAUAUCCGAUUUUGGAUUUGCAAGGCUGUUGAAACCCAGCUAUUCAAGAAUGAAGAAAAUGGAUGACAAGAGAAGUAGGUACUUGGCACCUGAAUGGCAGAAGGAUGAAUCAGUGUCAGUUAAAGCUGAUGUUUAUAGUUUUGGGGUGGUGUUACUGGAGAUUGCAUUCCGUAGAAGCAGUAUUGAUAUGAAUGUUGCAUCACCAGAAGAGAUAGUUCUUUCCAGCUGGGUAUAUAAAUGCUAUGCGGCGGGGCAGUUGAAUAAGCUUGUGGCAGAUGAUGAAGGCGAAGAUGUAGAUUGGAAAAUACUUGAAAGAAUGGUGAAGUUGGGGUUGUGGUGUGUUCAAGACAAACCAUCUCUUCGUCCGACAAUGAAGGAUGUGAUCUUAAUGUUGGAAGGACUGAAAGAUAUUCCGGUUCCUCCCUCUCCAGCCUUCUUUGUUGAAUAAUCUAGGGACACCACCGUCCAUUUUUAUGUUGUUCUUGUCAUCCAUGUUGUGUGUAGCGUUUGUACUUGUCGUGCCAUCCAUGGGAGUACAUAAAAAGAAAGGUUUAUGUUUUCAUAUUGCAUAUAAUAAUAACAGUUGUUUAUAAAUUGUAUUUACAUGUAUGCCAGUGGAGAUUCACAUAAUAAUAAUAUUAGUUUUUCAUUUCUACAGCUUC